GCUCACAGGAGGCACGGGGAUUGCAUCGCUCCACUUUCUCUCGCUCGCCGCUCGCAAGCAACCCGCUCUUCGAUUUGCCAACGGCAUCAUCAGGGGACCAUCUGCAUCAGCGCCAGCGAUGCGAGUGAUGGUGGCGAUAGCGGCGAAGGAUCGAUGUGGUGGCGGCUCUGGGAGGAUGUACGAGGCGACGUCGUGAGCGAGUAGACAUCAACGGAUUGUAAAUAAAACAACAACAACUUGCAUCGAGAGAGAAUUGGGAAUUGACCGUCUCUGUGGUGCCGCGGCGCGAAGACAGCGCGACUGUGGGACGACGUGGAAGCCUCGAGCGAGCGAGCGAGAGAGCGACAUCGGACGUAAUUACACACAAGCUCGAUAUUCGUGCUCACUCUCCCCGCCAGCCAGCCAGCAAGCCAAGGCGGCCAUCCGUCGUCAGUGAGCCACCCAUCCCCUCGCUAUUGUUCCUCUCAAGAUGUGUCGCUCGCGUGGAGGCGGCGGAGGAGGAGUUACCGAAGCGAUGGAGCGAGGUUUGCUGCUGCUGCGCUCUCUUGCGAACCGCGUUACUCCCGCUCCAACAACUUCAUCAUCAGCAGCAGCAGCAGCAACAUCAUCAGCAGCAGCAACAUCAGCAUCAGCAGCGUGGCGUUCCACGUCUCCUCGCGGCAUGCUGCUGCUGUUGCUGGCGUGGGCGGUCGUGGCCGAUGCGGGUGCCACGUCGUACCCGACCAUCAGCACGACGUCGGGGAAGCUGCGCGGGGUGCGAAUCGUGCUCAACAACGAGAUCCUGGGCCCCGUGGACCAGUUCCUGGGGGUGCCCUACGCCGCGGCACCCGUGGCGGAGCGGCGCUUCCAGCCGCCCGAGCCGCCCAAGCCGUGGCAGGGAGUGCGCAACGCGACGCUCUUCGCUCCCGUGUGCCCGCAAAUCAUUCGCAGCGACCACCCGGAGGUGAUGCUGCCCGUGUGGUUUACGGCCAACAUGGACGUGGUGAUGCCCUACCUGGAGGAGCAGAACGAGGACUGCCUCUACAUGAACAUCUACGUGCCCACGGAGGACGUCAAACGAAUAUCCAAGGAAUGCGCAAGAAAGCCGGGCAAGAAAAUAUGUAGGAAAGGAGGAGCGAACCCAAAGAAAAAUGCCGAUGAUUUAGCAGCUAUUGAUGGUGACGAAGAUGAAGACAUCCGCAACUCGGGGCCCAAAGCGGUGCUGGUCUACGUGCACGGCGGCUCCUACAUGGAGGGCACAGGCAACUUGCUGGACGGCAGCGUGCUGGCCAGCUACGGGAACGUUAUCGUCAUCACCGUCAACUAUCGCCUCGGCGUUCUAGGGUUUCUCAGCACUGGCGACCAGGCAGCCAAAGGAAAUUACGGGCUGCUAGAUCAGAUCCAGGCCCUGCGCUGGAUCAGCGAGAACAUUGGCUUUUUCGGGGGCGACCCGCUCCGCAUUACAGUGUUCGGUUCAGGCGCGGGUGCGUCCUGCGUCAAUCUCCUUACCCUGUCCCACCACUCUGAAGGGCUUUUCCAGCGAGCCAUAACGCAGAGUGGCACCGCGCUGUCGAGUUGGGCCAUCAACUACCAGCCCGUCAAGUACACCCGCUUGCUGGCCGAGAACGUCAACUGCAACAUGCUGGACACGCAGGACGUGGUGGAGUGCCUGCGCUCACGCUCGUUCCGUGAGCUCGUGAACCAGGACAUCAAGCCGAUGCGCUACCACGUGGCCUUCGGGCCCGUCAUCGACGGCGACGUCAUCCCCGACGACCCGCAGAUCCUCAUGGAGCAGGGCGAGUUCCUCAACUACGACGUGAUGCUCGGCAUCAACCAGGGCGAGGGCCUCAAGUUCGUCGAGAGCAUGGUGGACAUCGACGACGGCGUCUCGGCGGCCAACUUCGACAACAUCGUCUCCAACUUCGUGGACAACCUCUACGGCUACCCCGAGGGCAAGGACGAGCUGCGCGCCACCAUCAAGUUCAUGUACACCGACUGGGCGGACCGCAACAACCAGGAGACGCGCCGCAAGACGCUGGUGGCCCUCUUCACGGACCACCAGUGGGUGGCGCCCGCCAUGGCCACGGCCGACCUGCACGCGCAGUACGGCUCGCCCACGUACGUCUACGCCUUCUACCACCACUGCCAGAGCGAGAUGAAGCCCGCGUGGGCCGACGCGGCGCACGGCGACGAGACCCCAUACGUAUUCGGCGUGCCCAUGGUGGGCCCCACUUUGCUCUUCCCGUGCAACUUCUCCAAGAACGACGUGAUGCUGAGCGCCGUCGUCAUGACCUACUGGACCAACUUCGCCAAGACCGGGGACCCGAACGCGCCGGUGCCGCAGGACACCAAGUUCAUCCACAACAAGCCCAACCGCUACGAGGAGAUGGCCUGGUCCAAGUACUCCCCCAAGGACCAGCACUACCUGCACAUCGGUCUGAAGCCGCGCGUGCGUGAGCACUACCGCGCCACCAAGGUGGCCUUCUGGCUGGAGCUGGUGCCGCACCUGCACAACCUGCACGACAUGUUCCAGUACACGAGCACCACCACCAAGGCGCCCUCGCCCUACGCCACGCCGGCCUCCUCCUCCUCCUCCGCCGGGGGAGCUCCCCGCCGCUCGGGGACGCGGCCCUCGUGGUCGGUGACGACCCGCCGGCCCGCCGCCGCCGUCGCCUCGUCCGCGGCGGCGCCCGGGAAGGGCCGCGGGCAGGACGACGGCGUCAAGAAGGGCGGAGACGCACGGGGCCCCGCCGACGCCUCCAGCGUCCUCGUGGAGGACCAGCGAGACUACUCGACGGAGCUGAGCGUCACCAUCGCCGUGGGCGCCUCGCUGCUCUUCCUCAACGUGCUGGCCUUCGCCGCGCUCUACUACCGCCGGGACAAGAGCCGGCACGGCGCCUACCGCCGGCAGAGCCCCGAGCGCGGGUGCGGACCCGAGCGGGCGGGCGCCGGCGAGCGGAUGGGUCGCGGCAACCGCGACGAGGAGGUCAUGACGCUGCAGAUGAAGCAGCAGCAGCAGCAGCUGGGCAGCGGCGUGGAGGGCGAGGAGCACACCUGCGACUUCCCGUGCGUGGCCCUGGACGCGCUGCGGCCCAACGUGGCGGGCGGGCCCGAGUGCGACUACGCGCUCGCCAUGCGGCGGUCGCCCGACGACAUUCCGCUCAUGACGCCCAACACCAUCACGCUCAUCCCGAGCGCCAUGCAGCCGAUGCACACCUUCGGCGGCUUCGCUGUCAUGAACAGCGCCACUCUGCCCCACGCGCACUCCACCACCCGCGUCUAGCCGCAUCGAGCCGCCGGCCUCUGCCUUUUGCAACUCUUGCUACGACGACAGACGACCUGGUGAUCACAAAACAAUGUACAGAGACACGGAUGUGCCAAGACCUUUUGAUGUGCUGAACAACGAACGGUCUUUAUUGAGGUGAUUUUACUCCUAUUCUCAUUUAGCCCGACAGCUGCCGCUACCUUGCCAGGCGCGACCGGCGUAUGAAGCUGUCCUUUGUUUGGUUUUAUACAGCAAUAAAACUUUUUCGUAAAAUCUCACCCCCCCCCCUCGCCGCCUUCCUCCCCUCUGCUAAUUUUAUACCCUGUAUACAAACAAAAUCCGUUAUGAAAGAAUAUAUGAAUAAUAAAUAAAUGCUUGGAGCAGACUGUACUCUAUCAACGAAACAUGACAACUAUCAAAGUAGUGGGAUAAGCGAGCGCGCAGAAGAGAGAAUGUGUGUUGUAUAUGCGGCGUGCGUAUAGACUACACGCAGUCAGCAUAUGCGGUAUAUGUAAGUGUGUGUAUAUAAAACAAAGUAUACAUAGCGUACAUUAUUAGCAUAUAGUAUAUAUAACAGCACAGUAAGAUGUCUUUAAAUGCACUUGGCUAGGAUUUAUGCCAAAUUGGCCUUCAAGUGCUCUGUCAAAAAAAGCCCAGAACAGUCCGCGUACUGUGGCAUUGCUAGCGAAGUGAAGCAAUGGUUAGUCACAAUAUCAGCACCAUUGUCUGUCCUUGUACAAUGGACUCCACUGCUAUAAAUGUAUCUUAUUUUUUCCUUUAUCAUUCUGUUGAGUGUACAGUGAAUAAGUGAUUCUUACGAACAAAACAAAAGAAAUAUGUAUAGUAUAUAUAUGUGUGUGUUGUGUAUCUGGGGCAGUCACACACGGCCGACGAAGCUUUGUUAAGAAAGCGAUUUACGGUCUGAGAGCCUGGUUAGUGUAAUUCCUCCACAUUAUGAAGGCGUAUCGAUGACACCUGCACAUUGAAAUUGGUCCGAUCAUUCCCAACGUCGGCGAUGUGUAAAAGUUAAGCAAUUAAACAUUUUCUAAGACUAACGACUUCUUGGGGAAUACAAUGAAAUAAACACUUUUACAAUCAAAAACAUUCAAUUUACAAACAAGCCAUGUUAAGUCGGGGCCGUCGUAGCUAGUUGCUUUUUUCAUAUCGUCAAAGAGAGCUUUUAAAAAAUAUGAAAGUUAUAGCAGUUAAAAUAUCUGCCGAGGGGGGAGGGAGGGGUGCUCCUGUUGUUGGGAGCGGUACUGCCCCGUUGACGUGGGGCAGUGAAAGGGAUGAACCCAAACACGAGGCUGCAACACCUUCGCCAGGUUGUGUUUCCUCACGCCCGAUGCUGCCCUUGUUUCGAGCCCUCCUGUGCCGCGCGCAGUCGCGUGCGCCUAGCAGACAGCACAACUCCCAUCAUGCCUUGCACGUCGCAACAACGCUCUCAGUCUUGUCCAGACCACCAGCCCCCUCUUCCCUCUAUCCCCAAAGGAGCCGCCCGGUAAAUGUGCAACGUUGGGCUAACGUUGACCCGACGAUGUUCCGUGUCCACCGGGUGAGCCUGUGGCCGCCGUGUUGUUAUUAUUGUUGAGGUCGCACAGCAUGCAGGGCACGAUGGGAGUCGUGCCUUCCUGCUGGUUGUGAGCAGCGCGCCUUUUGCUCGUCGCUGUUUCUCUUUGUUUCCAGCCUGCACGCGUUCUCCUGUUGGGAUGAUGUGGGUUUAACUCAUCGCUGACGGCAAAGUGUUGGGUUUGCGACGAGAUGUUAUCGACCCCAACUUUUCCACAGCACCGUGUUUUUGUUGACGCGUGUUGCUCGCAGAGCCAAGGAUGACGACGAUGAUUGUCACUCUGCUUGCAGCCGACUGAUUAUUUCUCACCAUGUAAAAUUGUUAUAUCCUGUACUUUAAUUUCGUUACAGUAUUUGUUUUCAGGGAUGAAAGACAAAUGAUAAUUACAUGUUGAUCUUUUUUCUUUAUGGAUUACAUGGAUGUAAGUGAUUUGCUAACGCUGCUUAGUGUAUAAAGCUAAUAAACAUGAAGUGACAACGCUUAAUAUAACUCUUUAUUGUGUAUUGGGCUCUUAGGGACCUCGUAGGGUUACUUUUCAUGUACUUAGAGCCGUUAUUCUUUACAGUGUUACACCUUAGUGAGUGCAGUGCCAUGCAAUGUUGCGUUACAGUUAUUUUCCAUAGUCUACAGUCAUUUUAAAGUGACCAUCUUAAUUAUAUCACGAUAAAUGCUUUGUUGCUCACACAUAAAUUGCCCAAUGUGCUAUAAAAAAGAAACUGUCUAUAAUGAAUA